UGAAAACAUCGGAGGGAGAGAGAGGUUUCAUUCACUGGAGUUAAAGUUGCAUGCUGUGUUUUGGCCAAUCAAACUUCUUCCGCUUCAACCACCCUGAAGAAGCUUUCAGAAUGAAGAGCAUGAUGCCCCAGGGAGGAAGCGUCUCCACGGGGGACUACAGAAUAUGUGCAGACACAGAGAGCUUCGUCAAUGGGAAUCACCAGUCCAGUCCCGCCAAGUCGCCCCCAGCUCCUGGAGAGAGAAACCAGUCUGAGCACAGUGCAAUCGUCAGCUCAAUCGAGAAGGACCUCCAGGACAUCAUGGACUCCCUAGUCAUGGAUGACCCUCAGGAGGCCAAAAAGCCUCCUGGAGGCCAAUCGAUUCCUCACUCGCCUCUGUCACCCAUGGUUAAUGGGGGAGGACGGUAUCUGCUGUCCCCUCCUACCAGCCCGGGGGCCAUGUCUGUGGGGUCCAGCUAUGAGAAUAAUUCCCCUCCCUUUUCCCCCCUCUCCUCACCCUCAGCAGCCAGCAGUGGGAGCUUUACCAGCCCAUCUCCUAGUGGAGGACCCCAGGACCAGAGUUAUUCUCUGCCACCAGUGCCUGUACGCUCCUCUAGCUACAAUUUCACCGCCCAGCCUCCACCUUCACCCCAGCCACGGACCAUUUUGCCUAACUUUAGCAGCGGUGGGGCAGGUCAGAAGGUUCAGGAAAGCCCCAGGCUGCAAAGGAAGGUCCUAGCAGAAGCUCCUCCGAGCCCCAAGCCAAGUCGCAGAGGACUAGGCCAAGAUGGCUCUGAAAGCCCUCGACAGAUGUCCCUGCUGUCCUCUAGUGAAUCUCUCAAUAGUAGACACAUUGUGCCGAGUAGCCCCAGACUCACUCCUAAAUUCCCUACUUGUUCGCCCUCAUCUCCCUCCAGUCCCAGGACCAAGUCAACCACGGUUCUCCAUGAAAGACCUGCCAGCCCCUUUAGAGAACAGACCACUAUGGCUGAUCACUCCCUCACCUCAAGCCCUUCAAGGCAGCUUUCCCAACCCUUCAGAGCCUUUCAGCCUCCUUUGGACCCCAUUGUGCAUGUCAUCCAAGGUUCGCCGCUUCAGCAACAUCCACGUUCACUGCAGCCCCCUGAAAGCCCUCGCAUGGCCAGGAGGAACCUGGAGCUGAAUGGUGGGAGCGGAGCAAGCAACACUAUGAGAGAGCUGCCUCCUCUCAGCCCCUCCAUGGCUCGGAGAGGGGUCCCAGUACUCCCAGGAGCGCUUCCAGGGACAAUCCCUUCCUUGAGGACCCCAGAUAGUCCCUCAGGUCUUUGCAAGCUUGUCCCAGAGAGUCCAAGGCUCAGACGAAAGAGUGGAUCUACAUCUGAGGAGCAGAUGUGCAGCAGGGGGGUCAGAGCCCGCAGUCCAUCCCCCCCCUCUAUGAUGAUGGAGGGCAUUGGUAGCUGUGCGGGGGUACGGAAGGCCAGCGUUGGGAAUACCCUGUCUCCUGCUUACAGUCUGGGCUCCCUGCCUGGCUCGUCCCCUGCUGCCAGUCCCAGGACCCAUAGGAAGAUGUCUGCAGGGAGACCCCACCCUGGGAUGAGGGAGAGGAAGAACAGCAUCACCGAAAUCAGCGACAACGAGGACGAGCUGUUGGAGUACCACCGACGACAGAGAGAGGAGAGGCUUCGAGAGCAGGAAAUGGAGAGACUGGAGAGACAGAGACUAGAGACCAUCCUGAACCUCUGUGCAGAGUACAACAAAGGAGAGGGCACCGGUCUGGACCCUCUAGGCCUGGGGAGGACGGGUUUCCCAGGGGGGCCGGCUGAUGGCUCUGGGCAGAGAACGUCCGUGGAGAAUGUCCUCGGAGGGACACCGUCCUCAGCUGCACUUCGCCUGGCACAGAGAAUGAGGGAGAGCGAUGAGGAGAAUCUGAAGGAGGAGUGUAGUAGUACAGAGAGCACUCAUCAGGAGGUGAGGGCAUCUCCUGCUGCCAGCACAGCAUCAGCACUGCACAAUGGAGACAGACAGCACGAGGACUCAUCCAGCACCGCUCGUCUGGAGCUGGGCUACCUGGUGGAGGAGCGGGUUCGCGUUCUUUCUCGGAUCGAUGAGCUCAAAACCAGACUGACAGAGCUAGAGCAGCAACUCCAGGAGUCUAAACAAGAGGCCGAGAUGGAGCGGGCUUUGCUGCAGGGCGAGAGGCAGGCGGAGCACGACCAGAUAGAAGCUGAAACAGACAUCGUCACUCAGCUGCAGCGCAAACUGGAUGAGCUGGAGAGCGCCAUCCAGAGGGAGAAAGACAAGGAGAGGGCUAAUGUUGAGGCCGAGCGUCGGGCCCUGAGGAGCCUCCAGGAGGGCUACGCUGAGCUGAAGAACCAGCUUCAUAACUGUCCCGAGUCCCUGCGGGAACAGUUGCAGGAACAGCUCAAAAGGGAUGGAGAGGUGCUGGAAGCAGGAACCAAAAAGUUUGAGGACCUGGAGUUUCAGCAGCUGGAGAGAGAGAGCAGCCUGGAGGAGGAGAGAGAAACCAUCAGCCAGCAGCUUCUCCAGGAGAGAGCGGAGUACCACAGCAGCGUGGCCAAGAGGAAGGAGAAGGUGUCUGCUUUAGAGAACCAGGCCAACCAGCUCAGCCUACAGGCAUCUCAGGAGUGUGAGCGUUUGGCUAAAGACAGAGGCCUCGCACUGCAAAUGCUCCAAAAGGAGAAGGAGAGACUGUCAGCGCUGGAGAAGAGAUACCAUAACCUGACUGGAGGAAAGAGCUUCCCCAAGUCCUCCACUGCGAUGAGAGAGGUGUUCCGCUCCAAGCUGGACAGCGAUCCAGGCCUUUCUCUCCAUCAGCCCAAGUCUGGCUCCGCCUCCCCCCUGCAGCACGGAGCAGCGACACUGGGACGCAACACCAGCUCCAGGAGCCCCCUGCUGGUGGCCAACAGCACCGGCAGUCUGCCCAGGAACCUGGCUGCGACGCUGCAGGACAUAGAGACCAAGAGACAGCUCGCUCUGCAGCAGAAAGGUCAUCAGGUGAUCGAGGAGCAGCGCCGGCGCCUGGCCGAGCUCAAGCAGCGGGCGGCGGUGGAGGCUCAGUGCCAGUGGGAGGCGCUCCAUGGCUCUCAGACCCACCUCAUGUCGGCGUCCUCCUCGUCGCCCUCCUACUCCCCCGCCAUGACCUACAGCCCCACGCUGAGCCACAGCUCUGGGGGGCUCCCACCUCUGGUUCACCACUCCAUCCUGCACCACCGUCCCCCGUCAGCCGGAGAGCAGCCCUACGACACCCUGAGCCUGGAGAGCUCGGACAGCAUGGACACCAGCAUAUCCACGGGGAACAACUCGGCCUGUUCGCCAGAUAACAUGUCGAGUGUUGGAGGAGUGGACACCCUGAAGAUAGAGGAGAUGGAGAAAAUGCUGAAGGAGGCGCACCUGGAGAAAGCCAGACUUAUUGAAUCGCGGGAGCGAGAGAGCCUGGUUCGCCGUCAGAUGCUGGAGGAGGAGAGGAGGAGGAGGGAGGAUGCAGAGAAAAGGCUGCAGGAUGAAACUUUCCACCGGCAGCAGCUUGUGGAGAAGGAGGUCAAGAUGAGGGCCAAGAACUUCUCUCAGGCCCGUCCUAUGACGCGCUACCUGCCCAUCAGGAAGGAGGAGUUCGACCUGCGCUCUCACGUGGAGUCGUCGGGCCACAGCGUGGACACCUGCUACCACGUCAUCCUCACCGAGAAGAUGUGCAAGGGCUACCUGGUCAAGAUGGGGGGCAAGAUAAAGUCCUGGAAGAAACGCUGGUUCGUCUUCGACCGCCUCAAGAGAACCCUCUCCUACUAUGUUGAUAAACAUGAGACCAAACUGAAGGGUGUGAUCUACUUCCAGGCGAUAGAAGAGGUCUACUACGAUCACCUCCGCAGUGCCACAAAGAGCCCCAACACCUCGCUGACCUUCUGCGUGAAGACCCACGACCGGCUCUACUACAUGGUGGCCCCCUCAGCAGAGGCCAUGAGGAUCUGGAUGGAUGUUAUCGUCACAGGAGCCGAGGGAUACACACAGUUCAUGAACUAAGGGACACGUGGUGGCACAGUGGUCAGAGUACAGGUGAUGAGCAAAUAGUUUCGGCAGGGACAGACUCUACAGGACCUCCCUGUUUCAAGUCCACAGCAGACACAGCGCCUUGUUUGUUACUCAUUUUUAAUCUCACAGUUUGAUUUUACCAUGUAGAUGUUCACCUCAACAUUUUCUAUGUCGUUCUGUUUGGAUUUAAAAAGGGAGCCCUUGAAGGACACACACACACCUACACACACUAUUGUAUAUAAACCAAAAUGUAUACCUGUCAGAGACGUUUCAAAAGCCUUUCUAUAUUGCCAAAUGGAGAUCUUGUAGUUACCGUUUGUUGAACCUUUUGUAUUAUUUGUUUCGUUUUACUCUUCUUUUUUUUUACUUUUUGAGAAAAUUGCCAAAUGACAUAAUGCCAAUGUUUUGUUUGUUCCAUCACGAAUAUGCUGAGUUUAGACAGAAAGAGUUUGAAAGAAUCGUCAUGGGGUGGAAGCGUUUUAAAAAAUAUAUUUGAAAGAGUUGUAUUCAAAAUGUUGUAAAAAUCUAUAAAUUAUGAAAGAAAUCAGUCAGUCAGCGGGGGAUGAUCUCCGAGUCCAGUGACACAGUAAAGCACUGCUUCCUCCAUGUGCACAGCAGUCACUUCAACCCACUGCUGCUCCUGUAGAUUGACAUAAAAUCAAUUUCAGCUAUAAUGAAGGUACCCGGAGAUUCACCCAAUUUAUUUUAUUUCACAUACAACAAAGUAAUUUGAGCCAUUUUGUUAGACUUGGACCCACUACAGCUCAGGAGUUCAUGCUCUGGUUUUUCCAAUAUGGAGUUUGACAGAAGCCUGUGUGGAUUGUCGCAUUAAAGGAUAAAUGAAGCGCUCAUUUGCUUUCUAGGAGGCACAAGACGAUUAGCUUAGCGUAGGAUAAAGUCUGGCUCUAAAACACACCAAUUAGCCUUAUUUGGAAAUAUUGGAAUAUUUGGACAGAGACAGACUAAGCUUUUCCACCUUUUACUUUUUUGUUCUGAGCUAAAGCUAAUUGCCUGUUUGCAAAAGCACCAUAUUUAGCCUACACUCACACACAAGGGUUAUUAAUAUCUUAUUCUAAAGAAAGAAAAUGAGCGUGUUAUCCAAAUGUGAAACUACGAUGAGACAUGCCUCAAUUGGAGCUGGAAUAUUCUCAAGAUCUUCCAUCUUUCUAAAAAUCUAAAUAAUUUUAUUUUUUUAAAAAGUGGUCAAUCACGAGGCGGAGGAAUCAGCCGAGGUCGACUACCCAAAAACACCAACAACUGUAUAUUGGUUAAACCAUAGCUGCCACAUUCUUGGUGUCCUUGUGAAUAUGUUGAACAGGAAUAUCCCAUUGUGUCUGUAUGACGCCAUCAUGUCACCACCUCCAGGUGCAAACUGCAUGUCCACGUGUGCACACAAACACACUAAUAGAAACUUGACUGUUUUCCAAGUAGCCUUUCACCAACUUGAUGCGACCACACAGCCGGGAUGCUGCCAUUAUCACUGCCAGCCUAAAGCAACAACCCCUAGAGGGCGCUACAGAGACCACUCUCACACAGGACCGCACACGGUCACCAAUACGGACUAAUGCAAUUCAGAACUGUGCCUUGACUACGUGUCGUUACUGAAGUGUCAGAGUCCAGCACAGUCUCACUGGAAGGAUACAACCAUUUGAAUGCAUCAAAAUGCAUUUCUGAGCUGUAAUGCCGUGUGGACAGAUAUGCAUGGGGUUAACUUCUUUAUAAUGGGAACCUCUCCCUGUAGCAUUAUUACAGGCCGAGAUAUCAGAGGCGCUGAUCACAUUGGGAUCAGCAUUUAUUUAAAGCCCUGAAUACACAAAAUGUGUUUUUAAAUGAGCAUUUCCCCAGUUUAAGUUGUCAGUCACUCACCAGCCAGGAGGAGUCUUGGUCAGUCUUAACAAACAGUUAAAUAACCCUGAUGAGAUCUGUCAUGUUAUCAACUUCAGUCUGCUGCAAAGUGGUGAUUUGAAGGAUGUGGUAUAUUGUUCUCUUGACCCAAACCAAAGACUAAAAGUCUGAUAUAUCUUGUUCCUGCGACUAAACCAGCUGGAACGUGGAAAAGAACCAUGAACUUAGACAAAUAUUUCUCAUAUUUUUUUACUUUCAUUAUUGCAGUUAACAAGUAAUGUACUUUGCCUAAUUUGUUUUUGCAAAAGACUGCUGCCUGUAUUAGCUGCAUUUACUACAGUAUAUUAUUUAAGUAAAUUUUGUUUUUUUCCCUUAAAAACAACAAAUGAUCUACUUUAAUUUACUGCAGCAUUAUUAAAUACCAUCAGAAAAUAACUUGACCAAACUCUGCAAAAUGUCACUUCCUGUUUUGAAUCCCCACUGUGAGCGGAGGCCUGUGUGCACGAGGACGGAUAAAUAAAGCCUUGCAUCGUCAGCUUUAACAGACUGUACCCGAUGGAGCUCGCCCGGCGCCACCAGGCGUCACCUUGUGUAUGGGUUUGUGGUGGGACAGAUCCCGGAUGCUGUGCUCUGCUGUGUCGAAGCAGAGGACAGACCUGACGCUGUGAUUUAUGGAGCAUGUGGAACCUUUGUUGUGUUUCAUGUGUCGGUACAGUAAUGAUAAUUUAUGAUUGUGGUGCCUGAGGUAGUGACAUGUUUACUUCUAGAACAUGAAGUAGAAGACCUUAAUAUAUUCUGUCCCCCUUGCCUUUUUAACAUGUUCAAACCAAACUAUUCAACACUGGCAAGGCUGUUAAAUCAUGUCUGUUGAUAGUAGAUGGUAUAUACAUUACUGUUAUAUAUGUUGAAAAGAAAGGAAUCUAAAUAUACUGUAGAGGAUGCCUGAAUCAUAAAAACAUGAUCUUACUAUUGAAAUGAAACAGUAUUGUAUGAAAACAAGUACAAUUUUUACUUAUUUUUGUCAUUUUAGAAAUUUUAUUGUCAGUCAGUUACAUUUUAAAUUGUAUGGUAGUGAUGUAUCAAUCUACCUUUUUUUAUUACUGCUACAGCAGAACACAGAAAUACUCACUUAGAACUCACGUGACUGUACUUUUAUUUCUAGAAAGUAGUUCCUGUUUCAUACACACACAUACACACUACUCGGACCAUACUGUGUUCUUGGUACCCUGUAGGUCUCAUGCGUCACUUUCAGGUAUGAAUAAUAUGGAUUUUGUCAAAUCUAUUAAAAACAGAGCUGUUACAGAG